AUGAUCCUACCCGCCCGUACUAUGUCGCCGCCGCACGGCGCCUUCCACCCGCCUGCGCACGCGCAACCCGACGAGGAACCCGUCUCCCGAACUUACCAAUAUAGAAAAGUUAUGAAGCCAAUGCUAGAACGAAAGAGGAGAGCCCGCAUCAACCGCUGCCUUGAUGAACUCAAAGACCUGAUGGUUACCGCCCUGCAAGCUGAAGGAGAAAAUGUCUCCAAACUAGAAAAGGCUGACAUCCUGGAACUCACCGUUCGCCACCUUCACAGCCUCAAGAGGCGAGGACAGUUAGUGCUCAAACCUGAAAUGUCCUACGCAGAACGUUUUCGUGCUGGAUUUACUCAGUGUGCAACAGAAGUGUCUCAGUUUAUUGCAAACGCCACCUUAGCUGCCACCGCAAUGCAACGUCAAGGUCCAGUAGACCCUCAAGCUGGAGCGAGAUUGCUGCAGCAUCUCAGUAACUGUAUAAGAAGGUUGGAAAAUCCUCAAGUAGUGCAGCCUCAGCCAAUAGCACCAAAUGGUGUUGCGAGGCCAACACCGCUACAGCCGAUCCCGCCGCCCCAGCAACCUCCCCAGCAGCCACCGCAGCAGCAGCAGGCGGUGCUGCAGAGGACAUCGUUACCAGAUCGAGGGCUAAAGAGGCUGGCGGAGCCGAUGGACGCGGAAGCUGCGCUCGCAAAGCGUGCGUACGCGCCGCCCUCGCCGCCUCACAGCCCCGCCUCCGAGUCAGACUCCGCCCAGUCGAUGUGGCGGCCGUGGUGA